UGACGUCACGGUUGCCAUGGAGAGGCCGGCUCGGUAGAGACCCCGGGCUGACAGAGCUUUGAAGCGGUGUCCGCCCGCACCAUGAGCGGCCGUAGUAGGGGUCGAAGGUCUUCCCGCGCCAAAGGCCGGGGCAAAGGCCGGGCCAGACCCCGAGUCCGAGCCGCCGAGGACGAGGCCUGGCGCGACGCGAAGUCGCCCCAGGACCCGCAGCUCGGGGAGGAUGCCGCGGCCGCGCAGGUGCAGGCCGACACUGCUCCGGGAGGCUCGGAACCAGCGGAGCUCGGGGACGAUGCGGCCUGCCGCGUCCCGCUGGACUGCGGCCUGGCGCUGCGGGCUCGGGCUGCCGAUGAGCGCGGGCUGGCGGCCACGGACCCAGCCCUGGAGAUAGCCACAUCCCUCGCCGAGCGCCUGGCCACCGACACUGGCUUCGUUGGAACCGUGGGAGCCUUGGCAAGGCUGCGACAUCGCACCCGCGUUGGAAAUCGGCGAGUCCCCGGGAGGAGGGCCCCAGACACUAGGAGCGCGGCGGGGAGGAGACCUCAGGCCGCAGUCAGUGGGAAGCCAAAGAUGGGCUCUGCGGGGCCGUGUGUCUCUGUCCCAGUGGGGGAGGAAAGGAAGGUGGCAGAGAAGCAUGCUGGGGCAGGGUCCUUCCCGAUGAUAAGCAGCAUGGAUACCCUGGAGACGGUCCAGCUAAAACUGGAGACCAUGAAUGCACAGGCCGACAGGGCCUAUCUCAGGCUCUCCCGCAAGUUUGGCCAGUUGCGCCUGCACCAUUUAGAGCGCAGGAACCUCCUUAUCCAGAGCAUCCCCGGCUUCUGGGGGAAAGCCUUUCAGAACCAUCCCCAGCUGUCAUCUUUUCUGAAUACCAAAGAUAAGGAGGUAUUGACCUACAUGAACAGGCUGGAGGUGGAAGAGCUUGGCCUCGCUAGAUUGGGCUACAAAAUCAAGUUCUACUUUGCCCCAAACCCCUAUUUCCAAAAUAAGGUGCUCGUCAAGGAAUAUGGAUGUGGUCCCUCCGGUCAAGUGGUGUCUCGCUCAGCUCCAAUCCAGUGGCUCCCGGGUCAUGAUCUACAGUCCCUAAGCAAGGAAAACCCAGAAAAUAAUGGUAGCUUCUUUGGGUGGUUUUCAAAUCACGGCUCUAUUGAGUCUGACAAGAUUGUUGAGAUAAUCAACGAAGACCUGUGGCCCAAUCCUCUACAGUACUACCUGGUCAGUGAAGAAGCCCAUGGGGAGAAAGGCAAGGAAGAAAGGCCAGGCCCAGCUAAACAGCCAGUGGAGACUGCUGAGCCUGGGGCGAAGCAAUCCAACUGAUGCUGCACGGAUCUCCCCACUACCUUCUGAUGGACCUGUUAGGCUGAACACGUGGGUUUGGUUGUCUGCCUUCUGUUGAUGCCAUUUUAUGUACACGGCAGCCUCUUUGGACUGAUCUUCAAGAAUGUGGCAUUUGUGAUCAUGUUCUUUGCUUCCCCAUGACUUCAGCUUGUCACAAAAGUGACACAUACUGUGUGAUCUCACUCUCAAUGCUUGUAUAUUAAGCACUAAGAUGUAUGCAGCUUUACACUAUCCAGUCCCUGUUAUUAGCUCUGGCCCUUCCCACCUGUCUUUCUGGUGGACAUUCCAAGUCAUCGUCCAGAUGGAUACUCAAGCUAUGUUACUUUGUGGCCAGUCAGCUGGACUUGCUCUUCAUUUUAGCCAUGCAUGUUAUCAAUGGCAAGGUUUUCUGGUUGCCUUCACAAAACAAAGCCAGUGCACAUGGCAUUGGCCAUCAGCCAGAUUUUAUUGUUCUGUGGGUCUGGCGACAACAACCAAGGUUCUUCCUGUUUUGUUUCCAGCUUCAGCCUAGGGUCCAGCAGACUACUGGGUGUGGAUGAGGUCAAGGGCAAACAGGAGUAAAUUCUGUGUUCUUCACAUCUCUUCUUGCCUCUGGGCCAGUCUACUAGUGAACCUUCAUCCAAGGCUGGCCAUGCCUGAUUGGAGUCAGUCUGUUGACUGUUGGCUAGGUUGCUGUUGGCUCCAAUUGACUUGUUCAUCCAAGACCUGAAGAACCUGCCCAUGGACCUAGGCACCCUCACAGUGCAUGAGCUACAAACCUACCCUCCACAGACUUUAGGAACCCUCCUGGUGGGCAGCCUGGUAUUUGUGAACAUAUGCUUGUUGCUCUCACAUUGUGAGUCCUGAGGAGGGCAGCAGGGCCACAGCCUUAUCAACUAGGUGCAGCUUUGUGUGUGUGGAAGACUGUGCUAUAUGCUGUGUAUCUGGCCUCAAAGUAAAAUCUUACAACUUUUUGUAGUUUUGCCUAAUGAGGGAAAUAGAGCUGUACAAAUUUGCUUUAAAAUACUAUUUGCUCUUUAUUAUGUAAAUUUACACAAACAGGAGUGGAAGAGAUGGUUCUUGGACCCUGUAUGCCUUCUACCUCGAAGCAUUCAUCAUCAGCCACAAGCAACGGAAUUUCAUCUGUAGCUCCUCUUCCUCCUACAUUGUUCAUCGAAAGUCCAAGGUACUGUUGCUGAUGCAGUCAGAUGUACUUUGGGAGAUUGGGGCUCUGGUGUUGAUAGUUGCGGGGUGCACUCUUAUGAUCACAGCAAGCUGACUUCUGUGUAUCAUUUUGUGUAAAUUAAUGAUUUCCCAGAAGUGGGCCUUAUAAAUGAGUCUUCAUAAUUGUGAAACUCAAGGAGUAAUGAUGAGGAUAUUCUACUCUCCCCCACAUCCACAAAAGAAGAGGCCAUUCUGCUGUAAAUCUGUCUAAGAUCCUGAUGUAAGAUCCUUCACAAUAUCAGUCUUUUCUCCUGUGUAACAUAGAGACUUUUAUGGACUGUUAGGGUUGCUGUAUUCUGUGAAAAUAAUCUCUCCAACAUAAUCUUUCACUUGUUGUAGCUGAUAUUUCAUACCCUGGUAAUAAUGCGAUUAUUUCCCUGUUACUAAGCAGCAUAAAUACUUGCAAGUGUGCAUGUUUGGUGGAAAAAUAAUAAUAAAAAUUCUUGUGUUACUGUUUUGUUUUA